AUGCCACAUGCAACUUUUGAAGCAGAGACCCCUACCGAUCCUACGCCCGGCCCACGCCGGAUCAUUCUUUGCUUCGAUGGCACUGGAAACCACUUCCAGGGCAACAAGUCGGAUACCAAUAUUGUGAAAAUCUAUCAGAUGCUUGAUCGACACCAGGAAGGCCAAUUCCAUUAUUACCAACCGGGGAUUGGUACCUAUGUCCAAGGCGAAGGGAACAGUGCAACACGCUGGAACCUUUGGCCCAAAAUUAAGUCAUCCGUUAUCACGACGUUCGAUCAGAUGGUUGGCAGCUCAUUCCAGCAGCAUGUAUUGGCAGGUUAUCGCUUUGUCAUGCGUUACUAUCAACCGGGAGACCACCUCUACAUCUUCGGUUUCUCUCGUGGUGCUUAUACGGCACGGUUCCUUGCUGAAAUGAUACAUGAUCUUGGUCUACUGUCCAAAGGUAAUGAAGAAAUGGUCCAAUUUGCUUGGGAUACAUUUAGCAGCUUCCAACAAUCUCGUGGAAACGAUCCUCAGACCGAAAAGGACGACAAGUUGAAGGCUUUCAUGCUGAAUUUUAACAAGACUUUCUGUCGGCCAGAUGUUAGAAUCCACUUCCUUGGGUUGUUUGACUGUGUCAACAGUGUUGGUCAGUUUGAAAUUCCGCUGUGGCGUACAUCCUACAAGGUUAUUGCAAAUCCACCAGCACGAUACAUCCGGCAUGCGGUGUCCAUCCAUGAGAGAAGACUGAAAUUUAAGCCGGCUCUGUUCAUAAUGGAUAAAGAUGGCCCGCCUGUCGACCUGAGAGAAGUCUGGUUCGCUGGUAAUCACUGUGACAUUGGAGGUGGGUAUGGACUCGAAGAAGGCCAAAAACAUUUACUUUCCGAUACGUCAUUGAACUGGAUGCUUCAAGAGGUGCUCAAUCUCGAGGGCUCGGAGAGUAAACUGAAAUUCCAGACUCUGAAUGUGGAAGAUGUGUCGAAAGCCGAAAACGCAUUCCCUGGAAAGGAAGAACCCGGGACUGAUGCUUUCUCACUCCGGAGAAAGACCAAUCAGCCCCAUGAUACCCUCAGGUUCGGCCACGGUACAUCGUUUUUCAUGGUCCUUCUUUGGUGGAUUCUUGAAAUCCUGCCGAUCUUCACCCGCCUUGAACUGGAGCAUGGCAAAUGGAUCCCGCGCCGUCUGCCUCCAAACUUGGGAGCCACGCGUGAUCUGCCGCAUGAUGCUGCUAUUGAUCCGAGUGUCAAUGAAAUGAUCAAGGCGGGCAUUCUGGACAAGGAGUCUAUUCCCCCCAAAGGCGGAGACAACCCGAAUUUGCCUGACGUCGCGAACAUUUCGUACACCUGGAAGAAACUGCGCAAUAGACUGUCUAAUCAAGCGCCAAACACGUCCGAAAACAGCGGUACAAAUGACACCAAGGGUGCUCUUCAGAAUGCCAUGCAAAUUCCAGCUCAGACGACUCGCUGA